AUGUAUGAUAGAGAGGAGUUCAUGUGCACUAGCAAUAGCAAAGACAUCAGGCUCGUCGUGGCUGAGAUACAGCGAAAAGGCGAGCUGCUUAUGUACAACCAGGGAACUAUUUCUGUGGCCAUGCAGGUCUUUUACAGGAUGGUCUACGCUCUGGGGAACAAAGAGAAAGCGCAAAAAAUAGACAGCCUUGGGUCUUUGCUUGUAGGAGUUCUGAACAUCGCAGAGAAGACCACAGGAACAUUCCGAAAGAUCUCUCGCGUUGUCAUAAACUCCCACCUCGUCUCGGGGUUCGCCCUGAGGAACGAAGGAGUCCACAGAAUAUUUUUGCACGAGAAGGAGAUCAUCCAAUUUGUGUGGCCGCACAGAAACAUGUACAAAGAAGUCUCCGCACAGUCUCUUCUGCAGACAGAAGUUGUAAUAUGCUCUCUUCUGAGGUUUGACUUUUUCUUCACCGACCUGCACUGCGUCCUGUGGAGGCGCCUCAAGAAAAAGAAGCACCCCGAAAGCGUGCUGAGCACAGCCUGGAUUAUCCUGACAGAUGCCCUCUCCUACCCUUUCCUGGAGUACUUCUCGCACAAUCCCCUGCUCCAAGCGGUUGAGGCAGUUGCCCUGCGCGUGGAAAAGUGGGAGCACGAGAAAGCCCCCUGCAAAGACCCAGAGCAAGUGCAGAUGAUAGAGAGCGAGAUUCUCCGAAUAUAUGUGAAUAAUUGCAAAGCGACUAUUUUUGCUCUGAGCACAGAAAACACUUUGGGUCUCUUUCAAGAAAGUGCUUUUGAAAGUGCGGGCGCACAUCCCCAGAGUAGAGAAUAA